GUCAGCUGCUGUCUCUGUUGGUGCUCAGCUGCCAGACAUGCCGGCGGACGUAUCCCAGUGGAGUGGGGCUCUAGCCCUAAAUGAGGUUGAUGAGAAGCCGGCGCAUCCGCUUGUAGUGAGAUAUGGCUCUCUGGGGAUAGACGAGUUGGGCCAAGUGCUGACACCCACCCAGGUUCAGAGCUGUCCAUCAAGCAUUGAGUGGGAAGGAAUGGAUAGCAACAAGCUUUAUACUUUGGUUCUCACUGAUCCGGAUGCACCAAGUAGAAAGAAUCCAAAAUUCAGGGAAUGGCAUCACUUCCUUGUAGUGAACAUGAGAGGAAAUGACAUCAAUAGCGGCUGUGUCUUAUCUGAUUACAUUGGCUCUGGUCCACCAAAAGGAAGUGGUCUGCAUCGCUAUGUCUGGCUGGUAUAUGAACAAAGCGAGGAGCUGAAGUGUAAGGAGAAAGUUUUAUGCAACCGCUCUGGGGAGCACAGAGGAAUGUUCAAGGUGGAGUCAUUUCGUCAGAAGUAUAAGCUGGGAAGCCCUGUUGCUGGGAAUUGCUACCAGGCAGAGUGGGAUGAUUACGUCCCCAAACUGUAUGAACAACUGUCUUCAUAAAAUACCUUGUUCUCAAAACAAUCCCACUGAAUGAAGGAAUGUUGCUAAACGAAGGAAAUAGUUACUCUUCCAUAAACCUAUAAUCACAUUUCAUUGCUUUAUUUACUCAGUACUGUAGUGCCAUGCUUACAAUAGCGACAUACAUUCUUAAUAACAUUCAACCCUACACACUGGAUGGGUUACAAUCCAACUGACAUGAGACUAAGUAUUCUUUGCAAUCCAACUGACAGACUCAGGGGCAAGGCCAGACAUGGCGUUUUUAAAAAAGCUCAGUCGGGAGUAAAUACGCCACUGAAACCACACGUGACCGUCAACAUACGUUUUUCAGUUUUCUUUUCCCAACAUGCAUUACUCAUUGUUCUCGUUCCCCAUAAUUCCACUGGCUGGAAAUAGAAAAGCUAUUUAGAAAAACUAUUUACAUGCAAAAUGGAGCAGGAAUGAUCAUCAAUACGCAACGUAAUUACGUCAGCGGCCGUAAAAACAUAUAUGCGUUAUUUAUCUCGCAAGAAUUUGGACGCCAUAUUUAAAAUACGCUGCGUAUUUACAUAAAGUGUGGUUUCCAACUUGCAAAGCCCAUAGAGUCUGUUGAUUUGGUAGUUUCUUGACAUAUUGGCAUUUCUGUGGCGGAUUUCAGCUUGAAAGCACCUUGUGAGAAUUGCCAUAGUGUGUUUUCUAUUAGUUUCAGUGGUAGUGCAGUUUAUGCGUAUUUACGGCCGACUGAGCUUUUUUUUUUAAGACGCAACAUAAAAACGCCAUGUUGGGCCUUGCCCUCAAGGUGGCCAUACAUGCACCAAUAUCAUCCUACGAAACAAAUUUUCAUACGAUAUUCGGUGCGUGUAUGGCGGCAGACGAGCCGACAGAUAUCGGCAGAAGACUUGGAUAUCGGUCGGCUUGUUAAUCGGCCCGGGUGGAAAUUUUUGAUCUGGUGCCUUUGAAGGCACCCGAACAUUGGCCAUUGUUAGUGCUGAAUCGUCAGAUACAGGUAUAAUUCUAUUGUUUCUACCUGUGUUGAAAUGAACAAUCUUUCUUGGAAAGAUCAUAAUUGUUAAGUCUAUGUCCACCUUAAGCAUUGCUCUUCUUUGCAUUCCAACUGACAUGAGAAUAAGGGGCCCAUUUACUUAGCUUGAGUGAAGGAAUAGAGGAAAAAUAGUUAGAAUUUCAAAUGUUUUUUUGGCUACUUCGACUUCAAACGAUUCGAACUAAAAAUCGUUCGACUAUUCGACCAUUCGAUAGUCGAAGUACUGUCUCUUUAAGAAAAAACUUCGACCCCCCAGUUCACGACCUAAAAGCUACCGAAGUCAAUGUUAGCCUAUGGGGAAGGUCCCCAUAGGCUUUGCUAGCUUUUUUAGGUUGAAGAAAAAUCGUUCGAUCGAUGGAUUAAAAUCCUUCUAAUCGAACGAUCGAACGAAUAGCGCUAAGUCCUUUGACUUCGAUAUUCGAAGUAUUUAACUCCGACAGCCGAAUAUCGAGGGUUAAUUAACCCUCGAUAUUCGACCCUAAGUAAAUUUGCCCCUAAGUAUUGAUCGUCUUUGCAAUCCAACUGACAUGAGACCACAACCUCAAAUAAGUGAGUGGGGAAUGAAAUGCAGUUGUUCAUUCAGGAACAUCAAACCUGUCGCUAUGUUAUUAUGAAUAUAUAUUAUUUUGUCCAGUUAAAAUUUCAGCGAUUAGAACUAUGUAGCAGCAUUAUGUAUUUUCUUUCAAAAUGCAAUGUCUAGCAACGAUGGCAGCACCUUUCAAUAAAUAUGAAGUUAUGACAUUGUAUGCUUUAUGUUCCAAAGUAUUCAUUUAAGUAACUGUACACAUAUAUAUGAAAUAAAUAGAAUAAAUUCCAAGGCGGACACUGAAGAAUUAUUACUUUUGUGUACAAAACUGGUUCUGUUUAAUUUACUGUAAUUCCGUUUUAAUAAAACUGCUGUAAAAGU